AUGCUGGCUGCUGCCACCAUGCUCUCCCUUCGCACCGCCGUGCGGAGAGCUUCCUCCAAGCCCCUCCGAUCACUCUCCGCACCGCACACCGUCCGUUUGCCCGCUCGCCAUGCGCUGAAGACCACCGCCGCUGUCUCUCCCCAGCAGCGCCGAGGUUACUCGCGUGCCACCGACCCUCACCUCACCUCCACCCGCAGCACUGUCGUUCAGCUGCUCAGCAACAUCGGCUCCAAGCGUGAGGUCCAGCAGUACCUGUCUCACUUCACCUCCGUCUCCUCCCAGCAAUUCGCCGUGAUCAAGGUCGGUGGUGCCAUUAUUACCGAGCAUCUCGAGACUCUGUCGUCUGCUCUGGCCUUCCUCAACCAUGUCGGCCUCUACCCCAUCGUCGUUCACGGUGCUGGGCCCCAGCUGAACCGCAUGUUGGAGGCUGCGGGCGUGGAGCCCCAAUUCGAGGAUGGGAUCCGGGUCACUGAUGGUAAGACAUUGGCGCUUGCGCGGAAGCUGUUUCUCGAGGAGAAUAUGAAGCUUGUAGAGGAGCUGGAGCGGAUGGGUGUGCGUGCUCGUCCCAUCACUGCAGGCGUCUUCUCUGCCGACUACCUCGACAAGCCCAAGUAUAACCUGGUCGGUAAGAUCAAUGGCGUUGAUAAGUCUCCCAUUGAAUCUGCUAUUGCCGCGGGUUGCUUGCCUAUUCUCACUUCCAUGGCGGAGACCCCUGAUGGGCAGGUGCUCAAUGUCAACGCGGACGUGGCUGCCGGUGAGCUCGCACGCGCUCUGCAGCCGCUGAAGAUCGUGUACCUGGCCGAGAAGGGUGGUCUGUUCAACGGUGAUACCGGUGAGAAGAUCUCUGCCAUCAAUCUCGACGAGGAGUACGACCACCUCAUGAGCCAGUGGUGGGUGCGUCACGGCACCCGCUUGAAGAUCAAGGAGAUGAAGGACCUGCUGGCCGACCUGCCUCGCUCGUCCAGCGUUGCCAUCAUUCACCCUGCCGAUCUCCAGAAGGAACUGUUCACCGACUCUGGCGCUGGUACUCUGAUUCGUCGGGGUAACAAGAUCCACGUCAAGAGUUCGCUCUCCGAGUUUGAGGACCUGCAGACCCUGAAGGAUGUGCUGGUUCGUGACCGCGAGGGUCUGGAUGCCCGCGCUGUGGUUGACCGCUACGUCGAUGGUCUGCAGCAGCACGACUUCAAGAUCUACUCCGAUGAGCCGAUGGAGGCUCUCGCCGUUGUGCUCCCCCUCAGCAGGUCCGGCUGGCUGACGAACGUGGCCGACAAUGUCUUCGCCAGUAUCAAGAAGGACUUCCCCAAGUUGGCGUGGACCGUCAAGGAGGACGACGAGAACCUGACCUGGUUCUUUGACAAGGCCGACGGCAGCCUCAGCCGUGAUGGCGAGGUUCUGUUCUGGUAUGGUGUCGAGAGCGGCGAGGAGGUCAAGCAGCUUGUCCAGGAAUUCAACAAGCAUGGCCGCCAGAUGUUCGGUGAUAUCAACCUCGAGUCGCGCCUCCACCGCGCGGCCCAGGCUGCUCUAAACAAUGUCUCGACGGGCUUUGGCGCCAGCGGUGCCUCGGCCGAGCAGAGGCGCGCCUUUUCCACCACUAGCAAUGUUCUCCGGGCUACUCGCUUGAAGCGUCCUGCCGUUGCUGUGAAUGCUCGCCGCACCUAUGCCACCACCAACCCCAACCCCCCUCUGGGCGAGAAGAACGCGUCGAACACCCAACCCGCCAAGGUUGCUCUGAUCGGUGCGCGCGGCUACACCGGGCAGGCCCUGAUCAACCUGCUCAACGCGCACCCCAACAUGGACCUGCGCCAUGUGUCGUCCCGCGAGCUGGCCGGAAAGAAGCUCCAGGGCUACGACAAGCGGGAGAUUAUCUACGAGAAUCUGAGCCCGGACGAUGUCCGCAGGAUGUCCGCCAAUGGUGACAUCGACUGCUGGGUGAUGGCCCUGCCGAACGGGAUCUGCAAGCCCUUCGUCGACGCCGUCAACCAGGGCGCCGACAAGGGCAACGUGAUCGUCGACCUCAGCGCGGACUAUCGCUUCGACCCGACCUGGACCUACGGUCUUCCUGAGCUGGUCAGUCGCUCCGACAUCGCCAAGGCUACCCGCAUCUCCAACCCGGGCUGCUACGCCACCGCCGCUCAGCUGGGUAUUGCGCCUCUCGUCCCGUACCUCGCGGGCCAGCCGACUACCUUUGGUGUCUCCGGCUACUCGGGCGCCGGCACGAAGCCCAGCCCGAAGAACGACGUCAACAACCUCACCAACAACCUAAUCCCGUACAGCCUGACGGACCACAUCCACGAGCGGGAAAUCAGCACUCAGCUCGGCACCAGCAUUGCCUUUAUCCCGCACGUCGCCGUCUGGUUCCAGGGUAUCCACCACACAAUCAGCAUUCCCCUCAAAGAAGAAAUGACCUCCCGCGACAUCCGCAACCUCUACCAAGACCGCUACGCCGGUGAGAAGCUCGUCAAGAUCGUUGGCGAGGCACCCCUGGUUAAGGACAUCGCUGGUCGUCACGGUGUCGAGAUUGGUGGUUUUGCUGUGCACUCGAGCGGAAAGCGCGUUGUUGUUUGCGCUACUAUUGACAAUUUGCUGAAGGGUGCUGCGACCCAGUGUUUGCAAAACAUGAACCUCGCCCUUGGAUACUCGGAGUACGAGGGUAUUCCUCUAGAAUGA